GCCGGCAAAGACCUGUUCGACGCCCAGACGUUUGGCAAACAAGACCCGUUCUGCAAGGUCACCAUCGGCGACAAGACGUUCCAGACAAGGGUGCACGACAACGGCGGCCGCAACCCCAAGUGGGACGAAGCGUUCGUGUUCAGACUCACGGACCCGCACUUGGACCAGCUGACCAUCCACAUCGAAGACUCCAAUACAGUGAGCAACUCGAGCAUCGGGACGUGCCAGCUCCCCGUGAGCAUUUGGUCGGGAGGUCGGUCGGUGGAGCAAUGGUACCCCGUGAACCACGGCGGCAAGCAGCGAGGCGAGAUUCUGCUGGCGGUGCAAUUGGUGGAAGUGUCGGCGACGGGUGGUGCGGCGGUGCCGCUAGCGCUCGCGUCUGGCAAGGGCAAGGCGUUCGAGCUCAGCAUCCGCGUGAAGGCCGGCAAAGACCUGUUCGACGCCCAGACGUUUGGCAAACAAGACCCGUUCUGCAAGGUCACCAUCGGCGACAAGACGUUCCAGACAAGGGUGCACGACAACGGCGGCCGCAACCCCAAGUGGGACGAAGCGUUCGUGUUCAGACUCACGGACCCGCACUUGGACCAGCUGACCAUCCACAUCGAAGACUCCAAUACAGUGAGCAACUCGAGCAUCGGGACGUGCCAGCUCCCCGUGAGCAUUUGGUCGGGAGGUCGGUCGGUGGAGCAAUGGUACCCCGUGAACCACGGCGGCAAGCAGCGAGGCGAGAUUCUGCUGGCGGUGCAAUUGGUGGAAGUGUCGGCGACGGGUGGUGCGGCGGUGCCGCUAGCGCUCGCGUCUGGCAAGGGCAAGGCGUUCGAGCUCAGCAUCCGCGUGAAGGCCGGCAAAGACCUGUUCGACGCCCAGACGUUUGGCAAACAAGACCCGUUCUGCAAGGUCACCAUCGGCGACAAGACGUUCCAGACAAGGGUGCACGACAACGGCGGCCGCAACCCCAAGUGGGACGAAGCGUUCGUGUUCAGACUCACGGACCCGCACUUGGACCAGCUGACCAUCCACAUCGAAGACUCCAAUACAGUGAGCAACUCGAGCAUCGGGACGUGCCAGCUCCCCGUGAGCAUUUGGUCGGGAGGUCGGUCGGUGGAGCAAUGGUACCCCGUGAACCACGGCGGCAAGCAGCGAGGCGAGAUUCUGCUGGCGGUGCAAUUGAUGGAAGGUUUGAAAGUUAUGGCUAAAAACGUUGAUGGAAGUCCAACAGAUUGCUUCGACAAGUUGCACCGAGGAUGUGUUGACAAGAACUUGAGAACUGCUCAACGUUGUGGAAUUGACAUGGACGUUGUGUUUGAACGGGCGGAUAAAGACAAAGAUGGCAUGUUGUCUGGAGCAGAGUUUCUGGGUGCGUUGGAAUCGUUUGAGUGCUUUACAGCAAGUGAAAAGGAACAAAUUCGGCAAUCUCUGACGAAGCGGGACAAAUCCAUAUCCCUCGGUGAUUUGCGGGGGUUGUACGAAUCGGCUAUCGAAUCGGAGUGGAAGAAUAUAUUCCACCAUCCAGUCGAGGGUAAUUCCAAGGCCAAAGCACAAGUGAUUGCCAAAGUUGAAAAUUCUACCAAGCCGAGAGUUAUCAAAACUUCACAAAAGACAAAGACUACAAAAGUGCCUGCAACAACAGCCCCCAAAGAUGUCGUGUGCAUGAUGACCGAAGAGCAACUUGACCGACUAAUCGAUGCAAUUCCCCAGUUCAAAGGUCCCAGCAAAUCAAAUAAGGCCGAAGUGGUCAAAGUCGCAGCUACGCAAGCAGAACCACGAAAGCCUGUCGCACUGUAUAAACCUUCAAAGGUCAAGGACCUCGUAACGGAGGCACCACCGAAAUCGAAGACGACGUUCAUUCGAGAAGCAAUUCCACUGGCCCUUCAGGCCAUGACUGAAACGAUGCAAAUGUCGUUGCAACGGGGCGGAGAUGAAAAUCAUAGCGGUAUCUGGCUCACGUCAGAAGAACUCGACGGCGUAGUCGAUGCAUUCCUGGCUACGACAUCCACGUUCGAGUCCGCUGCAGCAUCCUUAGUUGCCGUUCCCCCGCUGGACGCGUGUGAGCAGCUCUUGACGACUCUAGCAACAUGUCAUUUAUGCUUGACCGACGGAUCGGAAUUCUGGUGUUGCAAUUGUUCUACGGCGCUGUGCGCGCAAUGCCUUCACGACGUUUGCUGCAAGCAGCUGCACCAUCAUGUCGAAGUGUACGUUCCAGUGUCGAAUCUCUCUACUCCAGCUGUCACCAGCAAUGCGAUGCGUCCACGAGGCGAUAAGCCACGCAAGCUAGCCGAGAAACAAUUGGAGCUGGCCUUUGUGCCGCUGGCGGCGGGGCCAGCACUUCAGGCUCAAUUGACGACAACGCAUUUGGCUGGCUGUGACUCCAAGACGCUAAAGCAGUUUUGCAUGCUCUUGCUCAAGCAAAUCGAAAUGCAGCCCAUGUGCAAAGUCAUCCUUGGAUUUCUGGAUCGAACGUGCAUCACGCAAUGGAGCCCCGACGACCUUCGUUGUUUUCUGGAUGUGAUUCAUGUCCCUUCGGCGGUGCUCGCCGAACAGAAUGUGACGGGCGAUCACUUUCUUCGGCUGUCUGUGCCUGCACUCCACGACACCUACGGCAUUGUGGGCAGCUUUCCAUUGCAUCGGUGUCUAUUUUACCGGUCCUUGCUGUCGUUUGUGGAUCAGUGGAUACGGUCUCACCCACCGGUGAAACCAGUACAGCGUGUUGCAGCCACUGCUGUCGUCGUUGCGCCAGUCAAACCAAAGCCAAAGAAAAAACUGAAACCCACGGCGUUUGUUUGGGGCCCUCCUCCAGACGACGUCGUCCCAAUCAACCAAACAUCUCGUCUCACCACUUCUUCCCGCGUGAAACUCAAUCACACGGCAACGAAUACGAACAAUCCGGCAAGGGCUUCCGAUCAAAAUCUACUUGGACGACAUUCCAACGAGCCGAUCAACCCCCCACGCCCCUCAAAACCACCCGCUCAAACCAAACCACCGACUGUUGUGUUGCCAUCCGCCCUUUCACCGGUGAAAAAACUUCAUUCCAGCGUGGAUGAAGAUCUUGUGCACCUGAUGCAAUAUGAAAUGAACGACGUGCGAACAAUCAACGCAGCGACACCCGCGACCUCUGCUGUUUCUUCGUUGGCGCCUCGCAAACCAGUCCCGUCCCAACAGUCGAUGCUUCACCUCCAACAGACCAUGACAGACCUUGUGCAACGCUUGGAAGUAGCCCAGUCAUUACCGACGUCAGACGAUUCCGUCUUGACUCGAAUCGAUGUUGCCAACACUCUCGUGCAACGUCUGCUUCACAUGGCACCGCAAGAACUAGAGUCGAAACACCUCGUGGAGUCCCUUGACGCCCUUGUCCGAGAGAUAGAAGGCAAAUUGCAGCGACUACCGCGACACACUACAUCCCGCAACCGCAAAGCAAGUGCCAUGGCCCCUGUCCAGCUCCGAGAGACGAAAUACAUGAACAAGUGGACAUUUCAAAUGCCCGAGCCAGCUGCCCCACCAGUCUCCACGGCUACAGCCCCAGGGCCGUCCGACUACGAUACCGAUAGUCAUCGGGCAUUUCCAAUGCAUCAGCCCACCAAACAACCCCACGUGUCCCAGAAACCUAUGUCCGAUGCCACGCGGGUCCAAACGAUGUUGUCAGACCUUGGAUUUGAUAUGACAAAUACUACAACGACCCCUAGUACCAGGACCAACAAGUCCACCCGAAAGGCCACCGUUACUACAGCCUCACACGAACAAACUUCCUUGGACGAGUCGCCACCCCCGUUUGAUAUCGACGAAUUCGUUGCCGACGAGACUGGCGGUCCAGCCAACGUGCAGCGACAUGAUCAUGCUGCGUCACGGUUGUACUCGACGUCGUUCCUAGACGACCCUGUAGCCCCACAGAAUAUCGGCCACUCCACAUGGCAACGUUUACGACGAAAACAAGCUGCUCCCAUGGAGUCGGUCCAUGUAAGCGACGCCAUGGCCGAAAUGUACGACGGCGCUAAGGUGGUGGUACCCUCCAUGGUCAAAGUGAAGCCACCCAAAUCAGUCAAGGCCGUCAAGACGAAGACUACACCUCGGGCUAAGACGGUGCGAGUUGCCGACGACGUGCCGCAGGAAAUGCAGUGA